UAUGUCUAUAUAAUAUACUUAGCUAUAUAAUAUUUCUCUAUCUAUUUAAAAAAACUUGUUAGAUUUUGUACUGAUUUGUGUCGUAAUUUAUUUGUUUUGCAAAAUCAUCAUACUUGCUAGUGAUUUGAUUUUUUAUUUAAGAUUCAUUUAGAAGAGAGAAUAAUAUUUUUUAUUACUAAAAAAUGAUGAAGUACUGCUAGUUUAGGCUGCCAUGGAACGGUUCCCACUCAAGUCAUCUGUACCCAAAAUGGGCACCACAUAUCAGUCGGUCUACAAGAAAGGAGUAAGUACAACGAAUGGCCGCAGCGUACACUCCCCCAGCGAGGAUGACAUGGUAGACAUCACGCCGGGCUGCGGCGCCGCCGGUCUGCAGCAGGCUGCUGACACCACGCCCACCAACCACGGCACCUUCCAGCUGUACGAGCAUAGCAGCAGAAACUCAACCGCCAGUCCGAACUCUUACAUAGCUCAGUACUUCAGCUCGUCGGCCGGGGACGCAAUCAUCUUCUCCGGUAUGCAGGAUGAUGACAUUCCUGGCAUUGGUCAAUAUGAUGAUUUCCAUACAAUUGAUUGGCAAAGGGACAUUGCUCGGGACCGCAUGCGACAUAGGUACAUUGUGAAGAAGAGGCAAGACUCGAUAUUGGAUUUAAUCAAAGGUGCACACGACGCGUGGUCAGGAUGGGUGUGCGUGCUGCUGGUGGGAGUGUGCACGGGCGUGGUGGCGGGCGUCAUCGACAUUGGCGCCUCCUGGAUGACCGACCUCAAGUUCGGCAUCUGCCGCCAGGCCUUCUGGUUCAACAGGGAGCAGUGCUGCUGGUCCAGUAACGAGACCACGUUCGAUCACGGCAAUUGCUCACAGUGGCUGACGUGGCCGCAAAUGUUCGGCGAGUCGCGCGAGGGUCCCGGCGCGUACAUCAUCAGCUACAUUUUCUACAUCGGCUGGGCGCUCGUGUUCGCCGCGCUCUCCGCGUCGCUCGUGCGAAUGUUCGCGCCGUACGCGUGCGGAUCCGGUAUUCCUGAGAUAAAAACGAUUCUAAGCGGGUUCAUUAUCAGAGGAUACCUGGGCAAGUGGACGCUGAUCAUUAAAGUGGUCGGCCUCAUACUGUCCGUGUCGUCGGGCCUCUCGCUAGGGAAGGAGGGCCCCAUGGUGCAUAUUGCCAGCUGUUUGGGCAACAUCCUAUCGUAUCUGUUCCCGAAGUACGGCCGCAACGAGGCCAAGAAGCGUGAGAUACUGUCGGCGGCGGCGGCCGCCGGCGUGUCGGUGGCCUUCGGCGCGCCCAUCGGCGGCGUGCUCUUCAGUUUGGAGGAGGUGUCGUACUACUUCCCCCUGAAGACCCUGUGGCGGUCGUUCUUCUGCGCGCUGAUCGCGGCGUUCAUCCUGCGCUCCAUCAACCCGUUCGGCAACGAGCACUCCGUACUGUUCUUCGUCGAGUACAACAAGCCCUGGAUAUUCUUCGAGCUUAUACCCUUCGUCGGCCUUGGCAUCAUCGGGGGUUGCAUAGCAACAAUAUUCAUAAAGGCGAACAUCUACUGGUGCCGGUACCGCAAGUACUCCAAGCUGGGCCAGUACCCGGUGACCGAGGUGCUGGUGGUGACGCUGCUCACCGCCGUGAUCGCGUACCCCAACCCGUACACGCGCAUGAACACUAGCCAGCUCAUAUACCUGCUGUUCAACCAGUGCGGCAUCUCCAACUCGGACCCGCUGUGCGACUACAACCGCAACUUCACGGACGUGAACUCAGCGAUCGAGAAGGCGGCGGCGGAGGCGGGCGUGUACCGCGCCAUCUGGCAGCUGGUGCUCGCGCUGGCCGUGAAGCUGGUGAUGACCGUGUUCACGUUCGGCAUCAAGGUGCCCUGCGGACUCUUCAUACCCAGUCUCGCGCUCGGCGCCAUCGCCGGCAGGAUCGUCGGCAUUGGCGUGGAGCAGCUCGCGUACCACUACCCUAAGAUCUGGCUGUUCUCCGGCGAGUGUUCGACGGGCGACGACUGCAUCACGCCCGGACUGUACGCCAUGGUCGGCGCCGCGGCCGUGCUCGGCGGCGUCACCAGGAUGACGGUGUCGUUGGUGGUGAUAAUGUUCGAGCUGACGGGCGGCGUGCGGUACAUCGUGCCGCUGAUGGCGGCUGCGAUGGCCUCCAAGUGGGUGGGCGACGCGCUCGGCCGCCAGGGCAUCUACGACGCGCACAUCGCCCUCAACGGCUACCCGUUCCUCGACAGCAAGGACGAGUUCCAGCACACGUCGCUCGCCGCCGACGUCAUGCAGCCCAAACGUAACGAGACGCUGGCGGUGAUAACCCAGGACUCGAUGACAGUGGACGACGUGGAGACGCUGCUGAAGGAGACCGAACACAACGGGUACCCGGUCGUCGUGUCCAAGGAGUCGCAGUACCUCGUCGGCUUCGUGCUGCGCAGGGAUCUCAACUUAGCUAUAGCGAACGCGAGGCGCACGAUAGAGGGCAUCACGGGCCAGUCGGUGGUGGUGUUCGCGGGCGCGGGCAACCCGCCGACGGGCCCGCCGCCGUGCCUGCCGCUCAACCGCAUCCUGGACAUGGCGCCCAUCACCGUCACCGACCAGACGCCCAUGGAGACUGUCGUCGACAUGUUCCGCAAGCUCGGCCUGCGGCAGACGCUCGUCACACACAACGGGCGGUUGCUCGGCGUUAUCACCAAGAAGGACGUGCUGCGCCACGUGAAGCAGAUGGACAACGAGGACCCCAACUCGGUGCUCUUCAAUUGAUACGGCGGCGCGCACUGAGCCGCAUCAUACUGAGUGCACGGACAUCCUCGGAUAUUACGUACAUGGUAUUAAUUUAUAGGUUAGGCUGCAAAUAAUAUUAGAGGCCGACAUCAUAGCCCACUACACGCGUGCGUCGACGCCUACAACUGGCUAACAUCCUGUUAGCGGUAUACUCGUAAAGUGCGGUGUGUAUGCGGUUGAUACAGUUGCGACAGCGCACGUUUACCACGUGCCUACUGUCGGCUGCCGACAGUCGCGUACAGUCGCACUGCUCAAUGUUAGUGUGUGUGUGUGUGGGCCCAGUGGACCACUGCGCGGCAGCUGCAACGUCGCUGAAUAAUUCCUCUUAGAGUACGGCGCGGGAGGCGCCGGCCGUAGUGUAGCUAUGAACAUGUCAAGUCGUAUGAGCCAAUUAUUGUUGUUUCGUACGUUACGCGAGCGAGCCGCUUCCUAGCAAAUAAUUAUUGUAUAUAUCGGUCGUCCGUUGUACGUGGACGCGGCGGCAACUGUCGAAUAGACUGGCAAUCGGUUCACACCGGCGUGCUGACGCCACACUAAACAAUUAGAUAUACAGUUUUGUAAUGUUAUUGUCAGUUUUUAUAAAUGGAUUAUUAUAUUGUACAAUAUUUAUUGCAUGAAUGAGUUUCAAUAAUUUGAUAAUCACGUAUCCGUGUCGUGUCGUGUCGUGUGGACUGAGCCCGGGCGGUCGCUCGUGCUCGUGGAGCGGAGUUGGAGAUGUUAUUUUUGUUUAGCUAAAUUAGAACACAGAUGUAUUUAAAUUUUUAAUGUAUUUACAAUAUUAUUACAUGUGUAUAAGAAUUAUUAUUGAUUGAGAUUUACGACGAUUUAAGUCUAUACAUAAUAGAGAUUGGAGUUCGUGUUGAGAUGUAUAUAAGAUUAGUCCUAUUGUGCAUAAUUAUUUUAUACAUUGAUAUCUCAUUUUCUGUAGAUUUUAGUAGGUUAACUUGUUUUGUCUUCAUUCUAUGUUUAUUUUAUACAAACUUUACAAUCUGGACAUAUGAAAAUAAUUGUAUUGUAAGACACACUCGGACGAGCCCGCGUCCAGCAGCCAGCGUCGCAGGGGCCGCGGGGCGCGGGGCUGGUCCACGCGUGGUCGUGUGUAACACUAGCAUAAUAAUGAAUGAAAACAAUUAUAAGAUAAGCAACGUGUGCACGCGCAGGUCGCGGUCCGUGGAGGCGGGCGGCCGUCUCGCUGCGGCUAGCUUCGUAAGGGGCGCGUUUCGCUUAUAGUGUAUAUGUGGUAUUAAAAAUUGACGUGUAUAUAUUGUAAAUAACUAUUGUGAUACAGAUAUAUAAUGAUAAUUUAUUCAGUGCAGCGACACCGGCCGCCCGCCGACACACCGCCCCGCCACCCUCGCCGCCUCCGCGGAGACCAUCCCUCCCCACUACGUCUAUAUCACUUAUUUUACUUCCCGUACUGUACUUGUGAAUGUGUCACGACCUUGUAUUGUUCUACCACAUGUAUAGUUAAUGCUAUAACGCGUUGGAGUACAAUGGAUGUGUCGCGCUGCGCACACCGCUGUAAUAUAUCAUCAACUGUGGACUUUUAGUAGUGAAUGUCUAUAAAUGUUUAAUCGAUUUUAUUUUCCUGAUAUAUUUAUUUUGUAAUCAAUCAAUCGUUUUAAAUAUUUCGCAAAAUAGAUAUAUUUAUAUUAAA